UCUAAUUUACCUACACUAUGGUUUAUGUUAUUUCCUCAAUUGUAAUAAUUGUACUUGAAGAGUUUGUACAUUGGCAUCUUUUUUUUCCAAUGUUUCCAUUACAUAAGAGGGAUAGGUAGUGAGAGUGAACACAUACACAUAUUGGUGGGACACUUCUAUUAAUUCCAUUAGACUGUGAAGUUUGAUGAUACAUGGACGUUUCUAUCUUCAACGAUAUUGGUGAAUAAGGUAUUUAGUUGGAAUAAGUUGGAAUAAGAUGAAAGAAUUGCAAAGAUGAAGCAAAUGUAAAUCUCUGAAUAUAAAGCUAGCAAAUUAUGUAUCCCUCAAGCAACAGCUGCAAUUACAGCCCCAUCCCUUCUCCUUGUAUGCACUAUGAACAUGAACAUGAUCUUUUCUUCCAAUAUUACCAAGAACAUUUGCUUCAACAGCCACAAACCCCCUUGCCUACAACUCAUGAUGAUCAGAAUCUUGAUGAUGAUGCCCUAGCUGAGAGCACCGAGACUGCUAUCAACAUGACAGAAGAAAAAGGGUGUAAGAACAAGAAAACUGAAUUAAGCAGCACAACUAGAAUUCAAAGAAACAAGAGAGCUUCUAAUAAGAAAGACAGACACAGCAAGAUCAACACUGCUAGAGGCCCCAGAGACAGAAGAAUAAGACUUUCCAUAGAUAUUGCUCGUAAGUUUUUCAGUUUACAAGACAUUCUGAGGUUAGACAAGGCCAGCAAAACGAUGGAAUGGUUGUUUAUAAAGUCGAAAUCUGCAAUCAAGGAGCUCUCCAGAGGUCCUCUCCAAAGAAAUAGUGCAUCCUCUACUGGUUCUGAAUGUGAAGUUGUAUCAGGAGAUGAAUCUCCAUCUAAUAAUCAAAACCACAAGGAAAAUGCUAAAGGAGAUUCUUGCAACAAGGAAAAGAAAAAGAAGAAGAAGGCUAGACCGGCUCAUAUAAGAGCUGCAUUUCAUCAUCCUUUUGCAAAGGAGUCAAGGAAACAAGCAAGAGAAAGGGCAAGGGAGAGAACAAGAUUGAAGAAAAUAUUUGCUGGAUCAAAGCUUAGUUUUGAAGCAAUGGCGCAUGAUUUGAACCUAAGAUCUUGGAGUUCCUUUGAAAGGGGUGAACAGUCAGGACAUACUAGCGCGAAUCAUCCUUCUCAUGAAAUGCAAGCUGAAGUUGAAGAACUAACCUCCCACCAUAAGAAGCAGCUCUUUUUAGGGACUCAAGAGAAAACUGUUACUAAUAAUGAUGGUAAUUUGGUAGCUACUGGCAAUUGGAACCCGUAUGCCAUCUUCAACUAUCAGUAAAAUACUGGAAUUAUCCAUGAGCAGCAUCAAAAUACAGACUUUCCGUUUUCUUGAAUUAGCCGAGAGAGCAAGGAAAUUCUGGGAACAACUGUCACAACAUUCUUCAGUUCGUGUAACUUCAUUGGAAAUCUAUUUGGUUCUGUUGAUUUCUAUAAAAAUAAACUCGUAUCCUUCAUUCUGUGUAUAUUAUUAUAUCAAAAGACUCUUUUGUUUACUCUCU